AUCUAUUAAAUGCAACUUUUCGUGGUUAGGAGACGCCUCGUUGUGACAGCUGAGAAGCAGCUGACUUUGUAAACCUGCAACAGAAAGUCUUCUGCAGACGCCAUGCCGAGCAGAGCGGCGGCCAUUUUUGGGAUGAAGGUGGUUCUGAUGAAGCUAAUGCUGUCGGGAAUACAGGUUGACUCAGCGCCCGCGGAGAGGCGUGGAGAAAUGGCUGAACUAACAGGUUUUGGGCGAGGCCUUGAUCCUCCACUAGGGGGCUCUACAGAUCCCUCGUCAUUCCUCCUGAAUCCGAGUCAACACAUAAAAACCACCUGGCCUGAUCGAGCAACAGGAAACGCAGAGAGAAUGACUCCAAAAAGCAUCACCGUUGGCAUCAUGGAGGGAGAAUCGCAAAUUAGAACAGACGUGGCAAGACCAGACAGUCGAGCCAAGAUUGCCCGGAUGAUCUCAGCCCUGGCAGAGCUGCACAGGACCUUCAACAGCACUCUGAGCUCCCACAUCACCUUCCUCCCUCGAAACAGCAGAAAUCCGAAAAGGAAACCAAAAGUGCCCCCUGCUGCAGAUAAAGGAGCGAAGACCACCCCUGCCCCUCCGCCAGUCUCUGAGACCACCACUGCCGGGGCGAGCCCAGAUUCUGACACCCCUGGCCUGUCGGGACGAAACUUGCGGAAGCCUUUGCCACCACAGAGCAAGAAGACCAAUAAACGAGUGUGUUUCUGGAAGUACUGUUCCCAGAACUAAGGUGUCCUGCUGGUGUCCCCCACCCUACAUGUCGUCCAUCUCCGAUCUUCUUAGCACUGGGAUCUUCUGAGAGGAACACCAACCCAACCGUCUGCCGCAAUCAACGUCUCAAACAUUUCAACAGUGCCCAUCAGACACUUCUUGCUUUUCUGCUUUUGUCCCGUUUCUUUUGAACUCAAAGUACUUUGAACGGUGCAACAUAAGCUCAAACUGGGAUCACAUCUGCUUAUUUCCCAGCAAUGCAAUGCUGACAUAGAGUUUCUCUAUAGUUAUACCUGACAUCCCUUCCCUCCUCUGCUGUGUCUUUGCUCUGACUUGUCCUAGGCGACUGUUGCCGGGCAUCGGGAGGCUCCUGGCUCACCCGCAGCCUGGCGCCGCCUGGACUCAGCCCUUUUCUUUUAGCCAUAUACUAACAAGACUGACUGAUCAAAGAAGACGAUGUGUGCUCAUGGCGCAUGAACAGACACUCUGUUAGCGGACGGGCACAUGUCAGCUCUGUCUGUGCCGUAUUUCUAAUAAAGUUCAUCCGUGGCAUGGCGAGCAGCGGCUGUGAUGAUGAUGUAUGACCCAUGUUUCACUUUCUCUACCCUCUCAGGUUAGAAUCUGACGUCGCUGAACAAGGAGGUUGAGUUUGACUUCAUGAAUUUGAUUUAAAAGGAGCUGUCUGCGAACUAGAGCAGAAUAAAAGCCAGUAAAACUCAGGUUUCCCAUCUACCCACUGGAGCCGUGUGGCACAGACCAGUUAACAACCAUCCAGCAAAGAUUUAAAGGAGGAUGUAAUUGCCUGCUGUCUCUGAUGAGUCCUGUACAAAUGUGGAUUUGGUUGAUGUUCCCCACAAAAGGCUCAGGAUGUUAGAUAUCUUCUGAUUUUAAACAUGCGUACGAUGUCAGAAGGUAGUCAGGCAAACAGCAGCUACAGUCGGACAAACACAGAACUUUUUCAGGUGAUCCAAGAUUUCUCAAAUAGUUCACCAUGAGGGAGAAGGUCUUUGCUCCAAACGAGUCAUUCCCACCAGAAGCAACAGCUUCCUGAAAAAACGAAUCUUCCAGUUUGGAUCGCAUAGAAUAAAAACGACUUCCC